AUGAGGUUCGCUGAGAUCUUCGCGCACGUCACUGCCGCUGCGCUCUCACUGUCCUGUGCUACAGCACAGACCAUUGCUCAGAUCAAUGGCAACAGGUUUAUCUCGCCCUACCGCAACCAGAACGUCACCAACGUUACAGGCUUGGUCACUGCCACAGGGCCAAAUGGGCUAUGGAUCCGCUCUACGACGCCAGAUUCGGACAUUCGCACCUCGGAAUCCAUCUACGUCUUUGGCAGGCUAUCUAGUAAUCUCACCGUGACGGCCGGGGACGUAAUUGUCCUCGAUGGGCUCGUCUCCGAGUUUCGCUCCAACGCUGCAUAUCUCUACUUGACCGAGAUCACUCGCCCUGCCAACGCCAAGGUGGUGUCGCGCGGCAAUCCCGUCAGUGCCGUCGUGUUGGGCAAACAGGAUACCAGCCCGCCCACGGAGCAGUACUCUUUGCUCGACGAGGGCGAUGUCUUUACCGUGCCAAACAACGCAAGCCAGAUAUCGACCACUAACCCCGUGCUGCAACCAUGGGCAUAUGGCCUCGAUUUCUGGGAGAGUCUAAGCGGCGAGCUCGUCACCGUCAGGGGCGCCUCCGCCGUCGCCAAACCCAACUCCUUCAAUGAGACCUGGGUCACUGGCAACUGGAGGAAGACGGGCAAGAACAGCAGAGGUGGCUUGACGAUGACGCCUGGGGACGCCAACCCGGAAGCCAUCAUCAUCGGCGCGCCCCUGGACGGGACCGUCCACCCCACCGACAUCAAGCUGGGCGACCAGCUCGGGGACAUCACGGGUGUUGUCUACCAGCAGUUCGGUUACUAUUACAUCCUCCCCUUGACGGCACUCAGCGUGACUGAUUCGAUGUCGCCGGCCCUUCCACCCCCGAUCAGCUGGACCUCCAAAGGUAACUGCCACAAAAUCACAGUUGGGCAAUACAACGUGGAGAAUUUAGCGGCCAACUCGAGCAGCCUGCCAUCCAUCGCCCAGCACAUCGCCUACUACCUGAACUCCCCCGACCUCGUCUUCCUCCAGGAGAUCCAAGAUAACAGCGGGCCGACGGACGACGGCGUCGUGUCCGCCAACGCCACGCUGGAGGCCCUCGCCGCGGCCAUCGAAGCCGCGGGCGGUGUCUCGUACGCGUACACCGACAUCGACCCCCAGAACAACCAAGAGGGCGGCCAGCCAGGCGGCAACAUCCGCCCGGCAUACCUGUACAACCCUGCGGUGUUGAAUCUAAAGACCAACAGCAACGGCACCACUACUCCCCCGGGCACAGUUCUUGACGCCAACGCCGUCCUCCCUGGCCCGACGCUGAAAUAUAACCCCGGGCUGAUCGACCCCGCGAACGCGGCGUGGGAGAACUCGCGCAAACCGAUCGCCGCGCAGUGGGAGACGGUGCGCGACAAGGCCACCCUCUUCACGGUGAACGUGCACUUCACCUCCAAGGGCGGGAGUUCCACCAUCGAAGGGGACCCGCGCCCUCCCGUCAACGGCGGUGUCGACAAGCGCGUCGCCCAGGCCACCGUCGUGGGCGACUUUGUGGCGCGCAUCCUGGCCGAGGACCCGGCCGCCGCGGUCGUCGCGGCCGGGGAUUUCAACGAGUUCGCGUUCGUGGCGCCGUUGGAGACGUUCGUGGCCGUGUCCGGGCUCGUGAAUCUCGAUGACGCCGCCGGCGUGGCGGCCAAGGAACGGUACACCUAUCUGUUUGAGAUGAACAGUCAGGAGUUGGACCACAUGUUUGUGAGCCCCAAGAUUGCGGGCUCGCCUGGGGGCCGGCCCGACUUGAAGCACGUCCAUGUGAAUACGUGGGUGGCCUCGGCGGAGCAACUCUCCGAUCAUGAUCCCAGUGUCGCGAGGUUGGAUAUUUGCUAA